CUGCAAGCGACCGUUUCUUACUGGCCCGCGAUUUUCAGUUGUGUCGUGUCUGCGUCGCGCCUUUUCCUGCAUUCUUGUGGCUCCUUGGCUCCCACUCAUUCCUCCAGGCUUCACUUCAAGCUUCAGGCUUCACCUCCUCUUUUCCAAUCCCUCCACCUGAUCGACAAAGGGGUCCGUAUUCGCUGCUUAGGCGAAGCAGAUAUUGGCAGGCCGCAGAUCGGUUUUCAACCAGCUUUGGCAAGCUUAAGGUCCAACGAGUCCCGCUCGUCCUUCAGUCCAUUUAUCGCGCCAUGCUGGGGGCCACAUUCGACUUCGGGUGCACUAUGGAGUCAAGGAGCAUGUCCACCGCACUUCGCAAUCAGCCAAGCAUCUGCCGCCACAGGCCACAGGCCACAGCAUCUGGCAGUGAGCAGUUUGCUUUGCAUUGAGCGCCUGGGCGACAAAAAGUCUUGGCACCCAUCGGCCUUCGGGCAUUGCUUCGGCGAAGGGUUUUCUUGGUCUUUAAUUUUCUCACUUCCUUUCUCAAUGUCCCGUCCUCUGAUGCCGCAAAUAGAAACACGGAACAAAGUGACGUUUCUCCACUCUACUAGGACGCCAUCCACACCUGCGUGUUUUUUUCCCUUUCUCUCCGCGGAAUACCUCGAUAUUGCACCACGAUAUCGCCGAGGCAGACAGAGAAGCCGACGAGACGUAUUAUGGGCGGAACAGCAUCGGCUCCCAGGCAGGGAAGGGGAUUUCGGAUGA